AUGUGCGUCAAUGGAGGUUACAUAGUUAAAAUUAAAGAAGUACUUACAGUCAUCACUAUUUAUGUUCUCAGGGACUAUAAAGAUCAUUCUAACAGGAAUAAGGAUAAUGGAAAGUCAUCCCUUAGGAAAGAUGAUACUACACUAUCGACUCCUGCUUUAAAUAACGAGGCAACAAAUGAGUCAACGAGUCUGAAAAAUAUGUCACCAGACAUGAUAACAAACAACGGUAAAAACUAUUAUAAAGUGGACAAAGGUGGUGGACCUAGUCGAAAGACUACGUCAUGGACAUCGACACCAGACUUGACAACACUUUCAGAUAGUGUUACAUCUCAAGUUGAAAAUAUAGAAGAUGACGAGCAGGCAAUUCCAGAAUAUACAGUUCGGAGAAGAACAAAUCUUUCACGCAAGGAUUCUAUGGAUCUACAUAGUCCAAGAAAUAGUUACAAUGGAGAUAUCGCCCAAUAUACACCGGUGCAUAUGAAAUCAACGCCAAAUGAUAAAAAUAUAUAUAAUGAUGAUGAAGAUACUAUUAGUUUAGCUGAUUCUGAUACUACGACUGAUACUUAUGCGACUAUUAUAAAUGAUGAAGAUUUACAUGACCAAGUUAUGCAUUUAAAAGCUGAAUUAAAAUUGACCAAAGCAAAAUGUGAGAAAGCCGAAAGAGAAAAGAGUGAUGUUUUAUUAAGACGACUAGCGUCUUUGGAUACAACUCCGACAUCUCGUACAACAGCUUCUGAAUCUACUUGUGAAAGUCUUGGCGAUGAAAAAAGAAUGCUUACACAACGUGUUCAUGAAUUAGAAGCUGAGCUCAAUAAAACCAAGAAUACUAAAGUGAAGUCAGACGAUGCUCAACUUAUUCGUACUAAGUUAAUAGCUGCUGAAACUAAAAUUGAGGAUUUGACAGAAGAAAACAAUGAUUUAAAUAAAGAGAUACAUAAUAUGGAGCAAGAGAUGAGAGAUAAUUUUCGAGAGGAGCAAGAUAAUGAAUUUAUUAUGCUGCGAAGAGAAUUUGACCAAGUUUCAAAGAAUUGUAGGAUUUUAGCAUUUAAAUUAAAAAAAGCUGAGAGAAGAAUGGAAGAGUUAGAUAAGGAAAAAGUUGAAAAUGACAAAAAAAAUAAAGAGUUAAUAGAACGAUUACAAGGUGAUUUAGAAAGAUCUAAGUCAAAUGUAACACAAGGGCAAGGGGAUCAGAAAAAAAGACCUAUGUUGGGCAUGAUACCUAAGUCUGCAUCUGGAGAAAGGGUUUCAAGAGAGUCAUUAACUCGAGGCGAUUCCCAAGAAGAUCCAGUUCAACUUCAGAGGGAUUUACAAGAUUCAAUUGAAAGAGAAGCAGAUAUGAGGGAGCAAUUAAGAUUUUCUGAAGAAGAAGCUAAAAUGUUGAGGAACAAAGUGAGUCGUUUAGAAGAAGAUAAUGAGUCAAUGGUGUUGCAACUAAAGAAAAUGGCCACAAAAACAAGUUAUCGCCCUACAAAUAUUGCUGAUAGAGAUGAGGGAAUUUCAGAUGUUGAAGAUGCAACAGAAUUAAAACUACUUCUUGAGCUCAGUGAACAAGAGAUAACAGUGCUAAAAAGAAAAAUAGAAGAAUUUGAAUUAGAAAAGGAUCAACUGAAAGCCAAAGUUUUAGAUUAUCAAACAAAAUUAGCAUCCAAAAAAACUUAUAAACCAAUAUCAAAACCAACACAAUCCAAGACUAAAGAGGUUAAAGCUGAUUUUGAUAAACAAACAAAGGCUAUUAAGCAGUUAGAAAUUAAAACAACGGACCUUGAAAGUCAGCUUAAGGAAUAG